AUGCUCGACCGCGUGUAUGUAUGCAGUAUAUGCAUCUUCUGUCUCCACAGAUUACAUCGCGACCGUGUAGACGCUCGCAUGGACCGAUGUGAAGCUUACAUAGGCGAUGUUGCUUCGGACGAGUUUCGAGUGGCGCUGCGACAGAAUUUACUUGAUCAAGUCGCUUUCUCAUUGAGCAACAAAAACUCGACCACCGUCGUGUUCGUAUUCGAAUGUCUUUGA